CGCCCGGAGCGCCGCGGUCCUCCAAGCCCCGCCUGGAGAGCGCGCGGCGAGGGAGGGGCGCCCGGGAAGGGUCCGGGAGGUGGAGGGCUAGAUAAAGACGCGCCGGGAAAUGCAGUGGGGCUGUCGCCGGCGCCCGGGAGCGGGAGGCGGAGCGGACGCGCGGCGCGCCAGGCCAGCAGUCUCCCCACUGCGGGUGCCGGAUGCUCCUCGGCUGCCCGCGCCGCCGGCAGGAAGGGGCCGCCUCUGCACCCGCCUGUGCCCGGUUCGCGAGUGGAGCCCAGCCUUAUAUGGACUGAUCGCUCGGGCAAUGGCCCAUUUUUUCCUCGCCACCAGCCGCCACCGCGCGCCGAGCGGCCGCCGAAGCCUGAGCUGACGCCGCCUUGGCACCCCUCCUGGAGUUACAAACGAGGCCCCGCGCUCGGGCCGCCCAGCUCCCUGCAUCCAUUUCCGCGUCUUUGCAGAGAAGAGAGAGGCGCUGCCAGCGCUGGGCUUUAUCCCCCCUCCCCUUCCCCAUAGUUCUUUUUUUCUUCUGUUUUUUUUAAAAAAUAAUUAUAUCAAUAAUUAAAGCCCAUCCCUUCUCCCCGUUCCCAUUCCCUCCCCCCCACCACCCCCUCCCCGUCCCAACUGGGGAGCGCCAAGAAUUGGCCAAGUGAAGCUACAACUUUGAGGCAUACGUUCCGAGGUCCCGAGCCAUGUCGCUGACCAACACAAAGACGGGGUUUUCGGUCAAGGACAUCCUGGACCUGCCGGACACCAACGAUGAGGAGGGUUCGGUGGCCGAGGAGCCGGAGGAGGAGAGCGAGGGGCCAGAGCCCGCCAAGAGGGCCGGUCCUCUGGGGCAGGGCGCCCUGGACUCGGUGCAGAGCUUGCCCCUGAAGAACCCCUUCUACGACAGCAGCGACAACCCGUACACGCGCUGGCUGGCCAGCACCGAGGGCCUCCAGUAUUCCCUGCACGGGCUGGCGGCCAGCGCGGCGCCCCAGGACUCCAGCUCCAAGUCUCCGGAGCCUUCCGCCGACGAGUCACCGGACAAUGACAAGGAGACCCCGGGCGGCGGGGGGGACGCGGGCAAGAAGCGGAAGCGGCGCGUCCUCUUCUCCAAAGCGCAGACCUACGAACUGGAGCGGCGCUUCCGGCAGCAGCGGUACCUGUCGGCGCCCGAGCGCGAGCACCUGGCCAGCCUCAUCCGCCUGACGCCCACGCAGGUCAAGAUCUGGUUCCAGAACCAUCGCUACAAGAUGAAGCGCGCCCGGGCCGAGAAAGGUAUGGAGGUGACGCCCCUGCCCUCGCCGCGCCGCGUGGCCGUGCCGGUUUUGGUCAGGGACGGCAAGCCGUGCCACGCGCUCAAAGCCCAGGACCUGGCAGCCGCCACCUUCCAGGCGGGCAUCCCCUUUUCGGCUUACAGCGCGCAGUCGCUGCAGCACAUGCAGUACAACGCCCAGUACAGCUCGGCCGGCACCCCCCAGUACUCGACAGCACACCCCCUGGUCCAGGCCCAGCAGUGGACUUGGUGAGCGCCGCCCCUCCGAGACUCGUGGCCCUGGGCCCAGGCUCCACCCGGCUGCAGCGGCCGUGGCGAGGAGAACUUGGUCCUGGUUGUUGUUAUAAUAAUCAU